AAUGCAGCCAAGAAAGAAGCUAACAGCAUGGACUUGGAUUCUUCCUUAAACGAAGAGUUAAAGUCUUUCGUAAAUGAAGAAUUUAGAAAUUACAUCCCUGUCCCAUCGUUGGCUGAAUCUUCUGAAUUCGGUAUUCUUUAUUUUUGCACUCCGGUUGCUGAUGAUCAGUCGACAAAUCAGUCUUGGUUUAGGACAUUGUCGUGGCCUAGUUUGAGACAGGCUCAUGACUCAGAUUCACGAAGUUCAUCAAACUUGAUCAGCCUAGGUUGGCUUUUUGACCAUUGUCCAGACAACUUUGGCGAAGUGAAAACGAGAGAAGAGGAAGUCUGUAUUCAAGGCCUGGCAUCUGCUUYCCAGAAGAAUAGAGGUAUUACGUUAGAAGUGCCAGCAGUUGUUGGAUGUGGUGGUUCAGCUUCAUGCGAAAAUAACAGAGUUCUAGAUUUGGGAAAAAUAGUUAAGUUUUCUGUUCCAUAUAAGCAAAUAAGUUAUUGGCUAAAGAGAGUCACGCCUCAAGAUUCACCAGAACUGUUCAGAGAGGCUAAAAGAUCUCAUCUGUAUAUUAUAUACGAAGUAUUAACAGCUGAACACCUUAAGAAUAAAGCAGUAGAGAAUUCCAACAUCGAAGGCUCUGUGAGUGCAACGGUACCAAAUGGUGGUGUAAGUGGAUUUGGAACUUGGAAGAGGAAUAAAGAUUGUCGUCUUUCACGUCCAAAGUCAAUGGGGAGAUACCCCUUUGCAUACAAAUGUGGCCGGGUUAAAGUCAAGAAAAAUAAAAGUCAUUUGAAAUUGGUUGGGCUCAAGGAGUUUUAUGAACCAUUUAAGGUCAUAGAUCAAAAUAAGCYACCUACUUAUCAAAGCCCAAGUUCUUCACAAGAGGAUGAGAUGUCAAGAGAUGAGUUCAUCGUUAUGAAGACUGAAGAUAAGAAUUAGUUUUAAGGAGAUUGCAGUGCAUUGUGAAUGAUGUAGAAAGUUUUUGACAAGCUAAUGUAUAAUCUGUGACAACUGGCUAAUGAGGCACUAUCAAAGAGAUGUCACAAACAAAUAAUAAUUAAUAAUAUUUAGGCAGUUUUUAUAUAAGAAAUAGUAUUGUAAUUAGCUAGUGGUGUAUAUAGUUUUAAUUAUAAUAAAAUAGUUUUAAAAAAGUUUAGUUGAAUGAAUGGAUCAGCAAUAAGAAUAAUAAAUUUUUGUAGUCAAUGCAAAAAGUAAAAUUUGAAUGAUAUUUUCAAUUUUCGAAGAUCAGUAGUCCUAAAAGGACUCUGGUAUUUUAUAAUUUAUUUUAGAAAUAUUUAGUUUUACAGCACUUUUCAUAAUUCUGCAACCUACUGACUCAAGAUGUCCAACAUUUUGGCUUCUGUCAAUCAAACUUACAAUGGACCAAGCUCAUUCCCAUCUGCAAGAGCGAUAAUAAAAUUCCYGCUCAACCAAUCAGAGCCAAACAUUCCCACCCCUUAAAAUGGACACUAAUCGUAUAAGGUACAAUCAAAACAUUAAAAUGUUCAAGGAAAUGUCUUUUAAUAAAUAUGGUUUUUUUUUUCA